ACCAUCGGCAAGGGCAACUUCGCCGUGGUGAAGCUCGCCACGCACCUGGUGACCCGCGCCAAGGUUGCAAUAAAGAUCAUUGAUAAGACUCAGCUGGAUGAAGAGAACCUGAAGAAGAUAUUUAGAGAAGUUCAGAUCAUGAAGAUGCUUUGCCAUCCACAUAUCAUCAGGCUGUACCAGGUUAUGGAGACGGAGCGGAUGAUUUAUCUGGUGACAGAGUAUGCCAGUGGAGGGGAAAUAUUUGAUCACCUCGUGGCCCACGGGCGCAUGGCCGAGAAGGAAGCCCGGAGAAAGUUCAAGCAAAUUGUGGCUGCUGUCAACUUUUGUCACUGUCGUAACAUAGUCCACAGGGAUCUGAAGGCAGAAAAUCUCCUCCUGGAUGCAAACCUGAACAUCAAAAUAGCAGAUUUUGGGUUCAGCAACAUCUUCACCCCUGGCCAGCUCCUUAAAACCUGGUGUGGGAGUCCACCCUAUGCUGCUCCAGAGCUCUUUGAAGGCAAGGAGUACGAUGGGCCAAAGGUUGAUAUUUGGAGCCUCGGCGUGGUGCUGUACGUGCUGGUGUGUGGGGCCCUGCCCUUCGACGGGAGCACCCUGCAGAACCUGCGCGCCCGCGUGCUCAGCGGCAAAUUCCGCAUCCCCUUCUUCAUGUCCACAGAGUGUGAACACCUGAUCCGCCACAUGCUGGUGCUGGACCCGAGCAAGAGGCUCUCCAUGGAGCAGAUCUGCAAACACAAGUGGAUGAAGCUGGGGGAAGCUGAUGCAGAGUUUGACAGGCUCAUAGCAGAGUGUCAGCACCUGAAGACCGAGAGGCAGCUGGAGCCGCUGAACGAGGACGUGCUGCUGGCCAUGGCAGACAUGGGGCUGGACAAGGAGCGCACGGUGCAGUCGCUGCGAGCCGACGCGUACGAUCACUACAGCGCGAUCUACAGCCUGCUCUGCGACCGCCUCAAGAGGCACAAGAACCUGCGCAUUGCACCCUCGCCCAGCAUCCCACGCACCGUGACCUUCCCCACCUCGGCCAACAUCCAGGCAGAACAGACAGGCAACACCAUGAACAUCAACGUGCCCCAAGUCCAGCUCAUCAACCCUGAGAACCAAAUUGUGGAGACUGAUGGAACAAUGAACUUGGACAGUGAUGAAGGGGAGGAACCAUCACCCGAGGCUCUGGUCCGCUACCUCUCCAUGAGGAGGCACACAGUGGGAGUAGCUGACCCACGGACGGAAGUCAUGGAGGACCUGCAGAAGCUCCUGCCUGGCUUCCCCCGUGUCGCUCCUCAGGCUCCGUUCCUGCAGGUGACCCCAAAUGUGAACUUCAUGCACAAUGUGCUGCCCAGGCAGAACCUGCAGCCCACGGGGCAGCUGGAGUACAAGGAGCAGUCCCUGCUGCAGCCCCCCACCCUGCAGCUGCUGAACGGGAUGGGCCCGCUGGGCCGGCGGGCGUCGGACGGCGGGGCCAACAUCCAGCUGCACGCACAGCAGCUGCUCAAGCGGCCCCGGGGCCCCUCGCCUCUUGUCACCAUGACGCCCGCUGUCCCAGCUGUCACCCCUGUGGAUGAGGAGAGCUCCGAUGGGGAGCCGGAUCAGGAAGCUGUGCAGAGAUACUUGGCAAAUAGGUCAAAAAGGCACACUCUGGCCAUGACCAACCCUACAGCUGAAAUCCCUCCAGACUUGCAGAGGCAGCUAGGACAGCAGUCCUUCCGACCCCGGGCUUGGGCUCCACACCUGGGACCCGACCAGCACCGUUCUAUUUACAAGGACUCCAACACUCUGCACCUCCCCACCGAGCGCUUCUCUCCGGUCCGGCGCUUCUCCGACGGGGCUGCCAGCAUCCAGGCUUUCAAAGCCCACCUGGAGAAGAUGGGCAAUAACAGCAGCAUCAAACAGCUUCAGCAGGAGUGUGAGCAGCUCCAGAAGAUGUACGGUGGGCACAUGGACGAGAGGACACUGGAGAAGACGCAGCAGCAGCACAUGUUGUACCAGCAGGAGCAGCACCAUCAGAUUCUUCAUCAGCAGAUUCAGGACUGUAUCCGGCCUCCCCAGCCAUCUCCACCCUUGCAAGCUCCAUGUGAAAACCAGCCAGCUCUGCUCACUCACCAGCUCCAGAGGUUACGGAUCCAGCCAUCCAGCCCACCCCCGAACCACCCCAACAAUCAUCUCUUCAGGCAACCCAACAGCAGCCCACCCCCUGUGAGCAGCAGCGUGCUCCAGCCCCAUGGUGCUGCCUCCCAGUCCCAGUUCCAAGGGAUGCCAUCCCACAGCACGAUCUUCCAGCAGUCGGGUAACUGUUCCCCUCCCCCAGCCAUGGGGCUGACGUGCCUGGCCCUGCAGCAGCAGCAGUCGCAGCCCCAGCAGGUCACCAUCCAGGUGCAGGAGCCCGGGGACAUGGUCAGCAGCAGCCUCCUGCCAGGUGCCUCCGUGGGCGGGCAGGGCCUGGCACCCCACGCGCGGGGGAUGUCUCUGAGCCCCAGCGCCAGCCAGAUGCAGAUGCAGCACCGUGCCAACCUGAUGGCCUCGCUCAGCUACGGCCACCGGCAGCUGUCCAAGCAGCUGAGCGCCGACAGUGCCGAGUCGCACAGUCUGAACGUGAACAGGUAUCCCCCCGCCAACUACGACCAGGUGCACUUACACCCACACCUGUUCCCGGAGCAGCCCCGCGUUUCCCCCAGCAACUACAGCCCGCCGGGAGGGGUGGGGUUCCCUGCAGCCCAGCAAGCUCUGAAGGUCCCGCAGCUCGACCAGUACCCCAGUUUCCCUCCGAACGCACAUCAGCAGCAGCAGCACUACACGGCAUCGGCACUACAGCAGGCGCUGUUGUCCCCGACACCUCCCGACUACAGCCGACACCAGCAGGUACCGCACAUCCUCCAGGGACUGCUUUCCCCCCGGCACUCGCUCACGGGGCACACGGACAUGCGGCUGCCCCAGGCAGAAUUUGCACAGCUCAUCAAACGGCGGCAGCAGCAGCAAGAUUUCCAAGAGUUGUUCAGGCAUAUGAGUCAAGGGGAUGCUGGGAAUAUUGGCACCAGCAUGGGACAGAACCUCUCGGAGCGCCAGUCGUUGUCUUUGCCUUAUCAGAGUGCUGACACGUACCACCCCCAGAACAGCCCCCAACAUCUCUUAAAAAUCAGGGCGCAAGAAUGUAUCCAGCAGGUCCCUGCGUCCCUGCCCCCGCCGCAGGGAUACGGACACCAGCCAGCCCUGUUCCACUCGGAGAGCAUGGAGGAGGACUGCGCCUGCGAGGGAAACAGGGACAGCUUUCCUGACAGUAAGAGUUCAAACACAUUGACCAAAGGUUGCCACGAGACCCCUCUGCUUGUAAACUCAGGAGGGCACGGGGACCCCGAAUCUUUGCUAGGAACUGCUAAUCCUGCGCAGGAGCUGGGAACGCACCAGUACAGGCAUCAGCCCACGCCCGGAUUCAGGAAUAAGGUGCCCAGCAGAGAGUCCAUCGUAGGGAACUGCAUGGACAGGAGCUCCCCUGGCCAAGCCAUGCAGGUGCCUGACCACAACGGCCUGGGCUACCCCGUGCGCCCCUCGUCCAGCGAGCAGCCGCGGCCCCGCAGCCUGCAGAGACAUCACACCAUCCAGAACAGUGAUGAUGCCUACGUGCAGCUGGAUAACUUGCCAGGAAUGAGUUUGAUGGCAGGAAAGGCACUCAGCUCUGCCCGGAUGUCCGACGCCGUGCUCAGCCAGUCGUCGCUGAUGGCCAGUCAGCAGCUGCGUGACAGGGACAGCGAGGAAUGUGGGGAGAGUUUGGAAGGUCAAGAACACGUGAACCUGGGCGAUGGCAGCCAGCACCUCAACACCUCCUGCUACCCCUCGACGUGUAUCACGGAUGUCCUGCUGAGCUACAAGCACCCGGAGGUGCCCUUUGGGAUGGAGCAGGCAGGGGUGUAGCCAGGAGGGAGGUUUGUGUACAGCUUUGAAAUGAAAAGGUCCAUUUUAAACCAACAGUAUCUAGCAGCAUUGCGCCAAAUUGCCGUAGUAUUUCUGACUAACUGGAAUACCAUGGCCCCUUUCCUCAUCCUCACUUCAUCCAGUGUGUCGUUCCUUUGGGUUCUUUAAUUUCCGCCACACUUGCCUGUAACUCCAGCUACACCCAGAGCCCUGAGCCUGACACAGAGGACUGGCCUGGGCACCGGGGCUGCUCUGGGGGCUGGCCCUGCCCGGGGCCCCACGCUGGGCUGAGCCUCCCUGGAGCCUGCCCUGAACAGGUCCAAGGGGGCUGGAGCCACUCCUGGAUGGAGGCCACGCUCUCCUUCCACUCUGUCCCGCUGCACUGGGGGGUCUGGGCCUGGCAGUGCUGGUGGGGGCCCUCCCCACUCCAGUGCAAUCCACUUGUUGUCUCACCUCUGUCUGCUCUGUUCCCUCUCAUGUGUCGGGGUGCUGGCAGCAUCACCCCUGCCCUGCCCUCCUUUUUCUUUCCAAAUCCACCAUGACUUGGGUUUUUUUCUUUUCCUGGCUAAUGUAGGGCAGAUGGAUUUUUCUUUGUUUCCUUCGCUUUUCCUCCUGAUCAUGUAGGAACUGUUUUGGGUUUUUUUUGUUUUUUUUUUUUUUUUUUUUGGUUUUUUUUUUUUUUGUUUUUUUGGUAAAUGUUGUUUUAUUAUUAUUGUUAUUAAUAAAAGGCAAAAGGAAUUUCUGUUUGAGAGAAAUUUUUAACUAGAUUCUGUUCUAUAUGAAUUGUGACUUGCACCUUUUGUUCAAAGUAUUUUAUUUCUUUUAAUGACAUUGUACUUGUGACUGGUUUUCUCUCGUGCCAGUGACGACCGUGGUAAUUCUCCUUAGACAGUUGGGGCGUGCAGAGGUCUUUUCCUUGUCCCUUUUCCAUCCUUUCCGUGGUGGAUAGAGCAGGAGGCCGCCCCCCCCCCGCCGCUGGGGCUCAGGAGCACAUGGUGUCACCCUUGCCUUUGGGACUUGACAAGCUCCAGCUCAGAUCCUUCUUACUGACGUUUUUUCUGGAAUAUUUUUUAAAACUAAAGGAAACGUCGCCCCAGCCCUCCUGACUUUGCACAGAAGGAAGUGUGAAACCAGCACGGCAGAGGUGACUUUGCUAUCCUUACCCCGUGCCUCUUCCCAGCCUCCCUUUGUCCGGGAGAACAACGCUGACAUCUCUUCGAUCCCAAAAAUCAGAGUGCAGGGAGGAUCCACAGCCCGGCCGUGCUCGGCCCCUCUCGGGGAGCCCGCCGGAUCGAGCGGGAAGGGUGGGAAAUGCUGAAAGCCUUUAGCUCUGUCCCUUUGGUUCAUUUUCCUUUUGUUUACAUGACACUGUAUCCUGGGAGAGUCGCCGGCCCCCCCCAGCAGCAGCAGCCGCCCCGCAGGGCCGCGUCACCGUGCCAUCCGCAGUAUCACACUUUUUUUAUCAUGGCUUUGUAUUGUAGUAAUCAAUACGCGCAGUAUAUGUUGAAUGUAUAUUAAUAUACUUUGCUAUUAUUUCUGUUUUUUGGAAAUGUCAGAAGUAUUUUUUUUUUUCUUCCUCAUUUAUGUUGGACUAAAAACGAACAGGAAAAAAAAAGUUUCAGUAAAUCUUCAGUCCAUUUUUUUGUGGGUCACUUGCAACUAGUCAAUUAGUUGGACAGUGGGAUCAUAACAAAUAAAACCAUGAUUAUGAUCUUC